AUGUCGAAACGCCAAGACCAACAUCUUUUUUCGGAGUCUCGAAAGCAUCAGGUGCCAGACGCAGUCACAGAUUCCCCAAGCAGAGAACUUCACAGUCUCGAGUAUGGGGCGCGGCAUUUGACUCGAGCCCUUUCAAGAAAACCUGGAGUGAGGUUCAACAAGAGCUAUCAGAGUAUCGGAGACCUCGUUCGGACUGAAAACUUCUUAUAUCACAGUGUUGGCAUCAAGAUGGCCACUCCGCGCUGUCUGCGGACAGCUAUUGAAACGUGUCGACCAUGCAAGUCUUCCAGUCUCAUAACUCGCAUUCGGGUAUCGGAGCCAUCAUCACACAGAGUACGCCAGUUCGCUUCGACCGGGCCCAAGUACUAUGCCCCGAAAGACAUCACAUCAGGAUUUCCCACGCCAGAGGUCGGUUCGAGGAAAAUAAUGGAGAUUGAAGAGGACUCGCAGGAGAAUGCACAAGCAGUCAAGCCAGCCAAGUCUCAGGACACAUCGCCGCUGUCAGAUGCAAAAAGCGACAACACCCGUGCCAUUGCUCAAAGCAUCGUGAUUUCUGCCAGUCAGGAAGGGCCACAUGUGCGAAAUGCCGCAAAGCAGCCUCGUGUGAGCUCGACAGGCAAGCCCAAAUCCAAAGACACGUCAACCGAAACAAAACCUCCCACUCCUGAUUCACACAACACGCCUAACUCUCUUCACCCGGAUACUGUCAACGUUCCUCCCAAUGUCCUCGCAGCCUUCCGAACCGCGGUACGACACCCGCCCACCCACGGCAUCCCCGUGGCUUCCUUGCAACUUCGAUCCUACAGCGUCCGCAACCUCGAAUUUUUUGCCGAUUUUGCCGUGCGCGCAGCCUACUGGCUGAAUCUUCCUCUCUCAGGCCCAGUGCCACUACCAAAGAUCAUUGAGCGUUGGACUGUGCCGAAAUCUCCAUUCAUCUUCAAGAAGACUCAGGAAAAUUUUGAGAGAAUCACGCGCAGGCGACUGUUAACAGUGUAUGAUGGUCACCCAAGUGUGGUAGAGACUUGGUUAGCAUUUAUCCGGAAGUGGCAGUUCUACGGCGUGGGAAUGAAGGCCAACGUGUGGUCAUUUGAAGGACUGGACGUUGCCAAGACUAUGGACAAACAAUUCAACGAGCUUGAAAAAGAGCUUGACGAGAAGCUUCGGUUGUACGGGUUCAACCAGGCUGCUGCAGGCAAUCGCGACCUUCUCCGGAUGAUGUUGAAACAAGGCGUCCGUGGCCCUGGUGUCGGGGCAACAGACGUCCGGGACAAGUCGAGGAUUGGCGAGCCAAGUACGGAGGGAGAUGUGCUAUAGAUGCCUUGCCAUUUGAGUUGGCCUUUGGCAGUCCCCAGGGACACCUAGCGAGCUCUAUCUUGAUGGCCCGUUGCAACCACCCUACUGUACUUUUAUAUAUAAUUACCCGCCCCAUGGGACGGGGCUUAUAUGGAUACCAUUGUGAGAUCUCCAGAUAGGCCGCGAUUCAGCCAGUACAUUCAGUGUGCCGUUGCCGUGCCCUGAUAUUGAUUGACCCACAAUACAAGUUCGAUGCU